AUGAAGGAAUUAGCCAACUACUUAUGUUUCGGUUUACGACCAAUAUGGUGGCAUGCGACAAAUGUUCUCCUACAUGUAAUAUGUUGUAUAUUAUUUACACGUGUAUGUUUAUUGAUUGCACGCAUGCGUCCUGGUUUCGCUGCACUAGCUGGUUUAUUAUUUGCUGCACAUCCAAUACAUACUGAAGCGGUGACGGGAAUUGUCGGACGAGCUGAUGUCCUGGCCUGCGUGUUUUUCCUAAUAUCCCUGCUUGCAUAUCAUGGGCAUAUUGAUGGUAAAUGUCAAAUAUGGGCAAGUGUUGCUUUAGGUGGAUUAAGUAUGCUUGCCAAAGAAACAGGAAUUACAGUAUUUGUAUUAAACUUGGCAUAUGAUAUGUACAGAUGUUGGCCUUUUAUCAAACGGACUUUCGUGGAAGUUCGAUGGAACGAAGAAACAUGCCAAUUAGCUCGGCGAGCAUCAAAAAUUUUGAUGUCGUUGGGUGUUUUGUUAGCGGUACGCCUUGCCAUCCUUCAGGGUUCUUUGCCAAAGUUUUCACAACAGGAUAACCCCACAGCAUUUCAUCCUUCGCUUUAUGUCAGAUUAAUAACAUUUUGUUAUCUGGCAGCAUUUAAUUGGUGGCUUCUAUUGUGUCCGGUGACACUGAGUCAUGAUUGGCAAAUGGGUUCAAUACCAUUAGUAACAUCAUACAGUGAUUACAGAAACAUAAUUACAUGUUUAUUUUUUGGAUGUGCUUUGGUGUUAGCUUACCGAUGUUUAAUGGAUUUUGAGCAACAACGUCACAUACCAUUGGUGCUUGGAGUCCUUUUAUUAAUUUUACCAUUUCUACCAGCAACAAAUUUAUUUGUCACUGUUGGAUUUGUAGUUGCUGAACGUGUUUUAUACAUACCUAGUAUGGGUGGAAUUAUGUUAACUGUAUAUGGAAUGCAACUCCUAUGGAGUUCAUUUAUUAAACAUCGUCAAACAUUAUUGUGUUUUGCAAUUUUACUUUUGGCGGCGGGAUGCUUACGAACAAUUGCACGUAAUCGAGAUUGGCGGUCCAGAGAAUCUUUACUGAGAUCUGGUUUACAAACUUUACCGCAUAAUGCAAAAAUGCACUAUAAUUUUGCAAAUUUUUUACGCGAUUCUCGAAAAACUGAGUUGGCAAUGGCACAUUAUCAGAAAGCCUUACAAUUAUGGCCAACAUAUGCCAGCGCACAUAAUAAUUUAGGAACAUUAAUCACGAACAAAUUUCAAGCGGAGAAACAUUUUUUAUUAGCCAUCCGCUUUUCAUCGGAUCAUGUAAAUGCUCACUACAAUCUUGGUCAAUUAUACAGAAAAUCAAAUCGUACAUCUGACUCAGCACGAAUGCUUGAAAAAUGUAUUGCACUUGAACCGACCUACACUCCAGCAUACUUAGAAUUAGCUCGUCUACGAGGAAUGAACGAUCUAAGGUCAGGACAAUUACUGAAACAUGUUGUACAGUUACAUCCAAAAAAUGCAAAUCAUUUAACAUUGUAUGGUGAUUGGCUACGAGGACAAGGAAGAAAUUUUGAAUCAUUGAAGUACUAUUGGCGUGCAUUGCAGAUAUCAGGAACACACAAGGGUGCGGUUACUGGAACAUGUCGAGUACUGCGUACAUUAGGACAACGUUCACGUCUUCUACAGUUGAUAGCGAGAUGGCAGCUUAUUGAACGUUCGAAACGCGGUGAACCACUACCAUUCAUCGGUUUACAUUUAUAUCUAAGAUCGUAUCAAUUACAUGCAGAACUUUCCAACAAAGCAAAGGAAUAUGACAAUUCAUGUUCAUGUAAAAUUUGUACCAACAAAUGCCAACAACCAAAAACCCAAAUCAAUAUGCCAAUUGUAACACAACCAGAAUCGCAAUCUUUUAACAACAAUGAGCCAUCUAGUGUUGGUUUUGAUACACCAACAAAGCGAUCGUCAACCACUCCAUCAGUGGUAGGAGUUGGAAGCAGUACAGCAAUAUUAACGUGUAAUCGAACACAACGUGGUAGUGGCUCUACUGCAUCAGCAACAAGUGUUGCCAACAGUAUUCAACGGAGUACAUCGUGUUCAUCACAAACUACACGAUUGUGUCGCUUAAGUCGUAACAGAUGGCUACAAAAGAGUAAAUUAUCAACAGAUCUGUUAUUACACCACCUAUUAGAUUCCCUGUGAAGUGAUAUUCCGC